UAUACAUACCGUUCAUACCGUCACUCUUCUCAUUCCUCACCCGAUUUUACCGUUUGUUGGUCAAAGCACCCGACGACAACUGGCCUUGGAUUUACCGGUUUCUGUAGCAACGGUGCCCCAUCUCUCCAUAAGCCACAUCCACUAAUUUCAAUUAACGCGCUCAGUCGCGUCUUUCGCAAUCCCUUACACUAUGCAGGUCCCCCUCCUAGGGAAGCUACAAAAGUACUUAAUAAAGUUACCUAAGGCACGUAAGGGAGUUGUAACAUUCUUAUGUUAGGUACAUUUGACUAAUAACCCGAAUUAUCAAACUUUUUAAAACUCAUGCCUAAAACUAAGCCCCACCUACUUUCUAUUCUCAAGCCCCCAUCCGAGUUUGAGUUGGAAUUGCUCUACUAAUUCUGCUUGAGAAUUCGAAACAUGAUGUUGGAUUAACAACCCAUUGUACCCGGUAGUGAAACGAUGGAUAAAGGUACCGCCGGUGUCGAACCGUGGAGGCGAGCUCGCCUCGGAACCGAACCGAUUUAUUGCGCCGCACCAACCCCGUCGAAUCCGGACGACAUUAUCUGCCUAGGCUCAGACGAAGAACUCGACGAUGACGAAAAGAUCGCAAAGAGGCUAAGAUAUGAGGCACAGGCACUGCGAUAUUUGCACGGUAAACCAGUGCGAGUCCUAUCCGCAUCUCUACAUGGACCCUUCGACAAAGCCUCAGGCUGGAAGAAUCCUUGGCUCCCAAAACAACCCACGACAAAGAAAUCCGUUCUCAAAUCAUCCCGAUAUCCGACUAAACCUAUCCCAUCGCUUGGUGAACACGUCCACAAAGUUUCUGGACGAUUAAGGCAGCAAUUUAGUAUUACACCCGGCACCGACAGCUCUGCGCGUUGCCAUUUACCUAGUCCUGAAAGUAACCACGGGCUACAAUUAUCCAGCGAUAUGUUGGAAACAGAAAAGCAUAGUCGAAUACAGGCUUGGGCAAAGGAGAUAUCAAGAGGUACCGUCUUAGAGAGAGAUGCUUUCUGGGCACCUGACGAAGUACUGCAUGAAGAAAAGGAUGAAUCUAGAAAGAAACGACCUGCUGGGAAAGAAUGGUUAAAGAAAAUAUCAAAGCGGAAAAGACUGAGCAGUCCACAAAAUACAAACACAGGGUCUACUCCCACGCCGUUAUUACCGACGCAAGCAUCGGUUCGAAGUACAUCAGUGCCCAUAAAUACACACUAUCGUGAAAGGUCGAGUUUCCCAAAGCUUAAGGUCAGCCAGAGCUUUGACCUCGCUACUCCAUCGUCUACCAUUAGCCCGAGUCACCGCGAAGUUAAAUACGAAAUAGAGGCUAAGGUUCCUCCUCAGGGUAAGAUAAUAUCAUCACGAGAUGAAUUAUCCAAUGGCAUCCAACUAAAUGCCAAGGACUGCAACCCAGUUUUGGAUCCCGAAAGAGCGAACCAUUCAAAUGAGUCCCUUGAAAGUCCAAUCAAUCAAGAGGCUCAGGUGGGCCAAGAAGUAGAAGAGGAUACAGCCUUCGAGAGUUAUAUAGACGAAAGCUUUCACUAUCGAGCGCGGCUCCCGGUGCAGGCUUCUCCCAUAACUGGACCGAAUGUCUCGGCUAUGAGCAUCCAUUCUAAGCUGACUCAGACUGGAAUACCUAAGUCUCCGGGCGACGAAGAUGCAGCGGCUAUCGCCAUUCCCGAGAAUCAGUACCUUCCAAGGCAGAUAACAGCGUUAGAACAGUAUGUCGCCACGGAAUCAAUAGCUAUAGCUCAAGCAUCCGUGCAUCUACUAGAAUCGAUGUGUAGCCGAGGGAAAGAUGACGGCAUUCAAGACUAUAGGUGCCAGCCAGCACCGUCAGCACUAAAUGAAGACCGGGUAACUAACAGCGAUGGCGAGGGACCAUACAAGUGCAACGAGACCAUUGGUUGUGCAACCGUAAUAGAAACUGGGCCUUCUAACAAUGAAAAGGCAUCUGAUGAAAACCCUUAUCCAGCUCAAAUCGACAUAGCUGGCACUUCAAUUUUGGUGGAGACGGCCAACGCUCUUCACACGGAGAAUAGGGCUACGGAGAACGACAUUCAAGACGUGGUAACCAACAGCUCGCAUGUAUCGCAUAUAGUAUUCGAUAUUGAAACAACGAGAAACACCAAUACCCUGGAAGGCUCUGCGGCGUUCAAAACACAUCCAACCGAAUUCGGACUAUUAGUAGAUGAGGGGUCUACCUUGAUCGGUGAUCCAAUGAAUUUUAAUCGGACCUCGCCAAUUGAGGCCAAUAGUUUGCUUACACCUAACCACGUAUCUAACAACGCAGAUAUAAAGGCCGAAGCAUAUGAUCCAAUAAGAAAUUUAGUAGGAAUAACACGAGAAGUAGAAUCGGAUACCGAAUCCGAUCCAGUCAUAGUACCAUUGUCACAAUUAGAAUGGGGCAUUGGCGAAGAUAAACUGAAGAUCGUAGUUGCCAACAAUGAAGAGGCUCCUCAGAAUGACACCUCAACCAAGGCCACUCUAUUAGAUCCUCCGGAAUCUUCUACACGAGAAAGGGUCUCUGAUUCUCCUUCAGGGGCGGAUCUAACAAUAGAACACAUUAAGUUGGAGCCUAUUGAAGAUGAGCCCUCGCAUUCUCUUUGUCCGUCCCAGACCAUGUGGCAAGGUUUCCAAACAAACGGUCAUGAGGUACCUGGGAUUAGGCCAUCACAACAGAGUCCCUGGGCUAGGGAGAUCUUGGAAAAAUCAGAUAAGCGAGACUGGUAUUCUACUACGGUUGGAGGGACGACACCCACAAACACAUUCCUUGGUACAACAACAUCUAGGGAACGUCAGAGUCCCUCGCCUACAACAAACAUAAGCAUGAUGCCCCGUUCUGAAUGCCCACCUAUUUCGCCUACAACGGCAACUUUUGAUAAAGAUUCACUAUUUCCACCCCCUCAAUCUCCCACAGUGGCUCGUGAAUCAGACAGUCGGUUCUCAGAGCAUCAAGCUGAUCCUCCUACUACGCCUCCUCGAAUGUCUAUACUUCACAUACGUACCCCCGACCUCGAAAGAUCGAUCAAGCCAUUCUCCUUAUUCAAUACCCCAUCGCCGAAGCGCCGGCGGCGAAACUCUAAGCAAUAUGCAUCUACCAGCCGUACCGUUGGGAUUCUAUUGAACGCCACACAUUCAAAUUCACGGAGUGGCCAGAAGUCGAAGCGGCGAGUGUCAUUCGCUCCGUUGCCAAACGAAGAUGACGUCGACACUCCGCCAGUAUUCAACACCGUGAGAGCCGCAUCACCCCCACCACAGAUACUCGUCAAUACUGGAGACGAUGAUAUCGAUAACCAAUUCCAGGGACAUUUUGAUGCUAUGAAGCUACGCGCCAAUGAUAGGAAUGUCCGACUUCGACUACAGCCACGGCUACUCCCGAGCCCCUCGCAGCAAAAGCCUACAAGCCCACAUGUUGGCGCGAUGGCCGAGGCCUUUCGGGAGGCAGACGCAUACGCAGCCUAUGCACGUGAAGAUUUAGUUGAAGACAAGGAGAAGGACUAUACCGAGGAUGUUCCUGAGAAUGUUGCUGAGGAUAUAGUUGAGGAUAUGGCUGAUGUAGAGCAAUCACCAUGGCGAAAGGAGAGCCAGGGUAUAGAUCACGUUGCAGACGUGAUGGAGAACCUGGAUGAUUUUAUCAAUGCUUGGGACGUGAACGUCGAGCUUCAGAAGGCGAGACAAGAGUCGGGCAGAGAAAGCCUGGGCGGGGAAACCUUUUGGUGAGGACAGAUAUAGGUGUAUGACAUGGACGUAUAAUGGUGGCAUGGGACUAAGUGUAAGGAGUCGUGUUGAUACCCUUAGGCGCACGUUGCUUUCCAGCAUGGCUAAGAGCUUAGUCAGUCACGAUCUGACAGAUAACAUGGUUUGGGAGUACCUUAGGGUUGCAUCUUAUCGCGAGGCUUUGCUUACCUACCUUAUGAGGACAAUUCAAUGUCCAUUCAUAGCAUAAGAUUGAGUUUAUGCUUGGUAUCCCCCCAAGGUUUUAUUUAGCUAUAAGUAUUGCCAAUAUAAGAGACAUUAAUACUUGAUA